AUGGCUGGGGAUAUUCCACUGCAUAGUUUCUCGUUCCUCCCAGUUCGAUCGGCAACGGGAGAGAGGAAAGUUGAGAGCCCGAAGGCAGCAGCCCCCACCACCGCCGGCCCAGGUUACCAUCUAGCACCGGGAAAUACACUAGAGAGCCACCGCCGGCAUUACCAACCAGAAACCAUGAGCAGCGAGGCCGAGACACAACAACCGCCGGAGCCUGCUGUGGAUGCGGAGCGCCCAUCCAGCCCGCCAGCUACAGCUUCCGCGGGGGAUAAGAAGGUCAUCGGUAACGUUAAGCUAGCUAGCGUUAGCCAAGUGGAACACUAUUGAAUGCAAAAUUUGAUUUUAUUGGCACGGUAACGUUACUUCCAAACAUGAAUUAAACUAGUUACGCUUGUUUUAUUAAAAAGUGAUGUCUAAAUAAUUUUAGGUAAUUAGGUUGGCUAACAUGAAAUUGUUAACUAAAACGAAGUUUAGCUUCUCAUCAAAUGUUAACGUUAACUAACGUUCCAAUUCAAUGUCAGUUGGUCUGUUUUUCUACUUCCUAAAUGACCUAGCUAAUGUUAGCGAAAUUCGUUAGUUAGAUACCUAACUAUAGCCAGUCCGUAGUCUGACCAUACAGCUGUGAGGCAAGUUCCGAGGCAAUGAAUACUGGAAUGAAUGUGGGUUGGCACAUGGAAAUUGUACUGUAGCUAACUACGUUAAGUUAGCAUUGCCUCCUUAUCCGCGGUCUCGGGCAUCUACGAUCUAAUAGUGAUUUAGCCAACAGCAGCUAGCCUUUCUGCUAAAUGGCCUGAAAUAGUUGAUUUUGGCCUUGGUCAUGACCGAUUACCGGAUCCCGAAACGCAUACUGGUUACACAUGAAGUAACAGAUCCCAUUACAUGGGUCGCUACUAUACAACAGGCGUACGUGUAUUUUACGCAAUUCCCCUUUCUAAAGCAAUUGUAGCCCUUUUUAGGGAGUUGGAACAAACCAUUAAUUGGAGGCCAACGACUGCACUGCAGAGCCACGAUUGCAAUCGUAUCCCUUUGUUUGCGGAGAUGCACAUACUAACUAGAUGGUUAGCUUUCUUGAUAGCCUUCGUGCUAACUAAGAUAACUAGCUAAUACAUUGCUAACGUUCAAUAACUAGUUAUGUAAUGAUUCAAUCACAUCCCCAAAAUUAUUAUUUUGUGUUAACUAAGUUGUAGAUGGCGUAGCUAGCUAGACAACUAACUAGCUUCCCAUUCUGUCGAGAGGAUAGUGGCAAACAAAAUGUCCGCUUCGAUGUUCGGAUUGUACGAAUUUCUUUUGUUCAGUGUUGGCUGGCAAUUUAAUUGUUAUCGCGUGUAAAACCUUACCCAUCACUCUCAUAUAAAAUACUCACUCGGUGCCCAUGGGUAUUUAUUUGAAGUGUUGAAUGACAAGUUUUAGCAUCCUGGCCUGUAUCCAACCACAUGGUUGAGACCGAAGACAAUCCGCUAACGGUAUCUAAUAGCUAAAUUAGCUACAGUAGCUAGCUUUGCUUGCUUGCUAUUUCGCUAGCUAGCAUCUUAGGGCGCGACACCACGUGUAAAGAUCCAAGCACUUCCUUGUGCGCAUUGAAACUGGGGUAAUGGUUUUGCAUCUCUAGUUCCGGACAGUAAAUUAUUAGGCGCCCAGGUUACACAUUAUAUUAGGCUGCCUCCAGGCCCAGGCACUCUGAUCAGAUGUUUACAUGGUGUAUGCCACAUUGAACGUCUAGACUAGUACCGGUAACUCUGGCCUCCAUAAGACCCUCAUCACGUAGGACGGUCAUUAUUGCAAUCUAAUAAUAUGCGUUGGACCAUGCCAUAGCAGCUGGCAGAAAAACACCAAGGGUUUAGCGUCGGAAUCUAUAAAAAGCUCAACAGUUGGGGGUUAAUUAUAACUUGCUUCCCCCGUAUCUUUUCCGAUCCAGGUUCGUGUCUGUAGUCUUUCAUUAUCAGUCUUGCCAUUUGAUUGCCCACUUGAAGUGCUCUUGACCAUUUCCCCCGUUUGAUGAGUAAUAUUUUAAUGAGGAAGAAACUGGCACGGUACAUCUUUGCAGUACUAUUUAUUAUAGUUGAUGGUGCCCUGUUAGACACGUUUUUUAUUAGAUAACCCGCCUACAUUUAGUCUUUAUUUUUUAUUUUUCAGCAACUAAGGUCUUGGGUACAGUCAAGUGGUUCAACGUCAGAAAUGGCUACGGUUUCAUCAACAGGUAAGUAGUUCCCUCUCCUGGGCUUGACCUAAAACCUCUAAUAUGAUGUGUGUGUGAAGGAACAUUCCCAAUCCUAUUAUGGCUUUGAUUUGCUUACAAAGCUGGGAAGCAGAUUUGGCUGUCCACGGCAUGGCCUUGUUGUCCUGUAAAGACUUAAUGAAUUCACAAUUAAGCCAGUUGGUUCUGUUAAGCUGUUAGCCUCAAUUAUAAAAUACAUACUUUUUUAAUGCACUGAUUUUUAUUGGCCUAAAUGUAAGUAAUCCCUUUCUCCCUUCUACCACAAGGAAUGACACAAAAGAAGACGUCUUUGUCCACCAGGUAACAAACUCCCAAAUUCUCCAAGGAUUGAGUAAUGUAUUAUGUAACUUUUAAAUAUUUUCCACGAAUCAAAGUUGGAUUGUAGUUGGCACCUCAAAGACAAAAGUUUAUAAUGAAAUGUUUUUAUUGUAUUUUUUUUUAGACUGCCAUAAAGAAAAACAACCCAAAGAAAUACCUACGCAGUGUUGGAGAUGGAGAAACUGUGGAGUUUGAUGUGGUUGAGGGGGAGAAGGUAGUUGCAACUUUGAUUUACAGGAGAGCCAAUUUUGCAGACUCAUAUACGUCAUUUAAUAUGCCUUAAUGUUUUUGGGAAUAUUUAAAGCUGCAAUAUGUGAGUUAUAGAUCUGUAAUUCUCAUUGAAAGCAAGUCUAAGUGGUAGAACGGUUCUAUGUGCCUCCGCUAUGUGUAGUUUUACUUACUUCCGGUUUUGUACACCAGCUGAAAAUACAAUAGUUAUGGAAAAUUAUAUUUCAGUGGUUUAGUUGGUACAAUGAUUCUCUACACAAUACUUGCUUGUUUUGGCGCAUAAACAGAAACUAUUCAAACUACUUGAAUUUAGGCAACCAGGAAAUGGUGGUGCAAUUUCUGCAUAGUGCACCUUUUAAGGCAAUCAAAUUUAUUCUAACCUCGCAUACCUCCUCAAAGUUAUGAUAAACAGUGAUUCUAAUGUGCCCGGUUGGUUUUGACUAGUCAACAAUGUUAAUGCAAAAUAACUAAAAUAACCUAGUAAAUAAUUUAGUGGGUGCUUAUAUUUGUCUUAUUAAGUAAUGUGUGUUUUGCAUAUCCCAACUCUCCCUGAGACACCCUCGACGAGUGGGGUAUGCCAUUAUCAAUUGCUUAGAGCAAUUAGGAUUAAGUGCAUUGCGCAAGGGCACAUUGACAGAUUUGUUACUUUAUUGGCUCGGGUAUUCGAACUAGCAACCUUUCGGUUACUGGUCGAACGCUCUUUGACCGCUAGGCUACGAGCCGCCCUAAACUUUAUACUCCAGAAGGGUAGUGUGUGCCCCAAUGAUCUGAACAGUGUGUUUGUAUCUCUUUUCAGGGAGCAGAAGCAGCUAAUGUGACCGGCCCAGCGGGUGUCCCAGUCCAGGGGAGCAAGUAUGCAGCUGACCGGAACCGCUACAGGCGGUACCCCCGCAGGAGGGGCCCGGCCCGUGACGGCGAAUACCCAGACAACUACCAGAGUGACGGCGAGGGUGAAGGAGAGCGCCCCCCCCGCAAGAGCCGCGAGUGUGCUGAGAGUGCCCCAGAGGGAGAGAUGCAGCCCCAGCAGCGCAGGCCCCCCUUCCCCGGGAGACGGCGCUACCCCCCAUACUUUGUACGUAGACGCUACGGCCGUCGGCCCCCGUACACCAACGCACCUCGCGGAGAGAUGACUGAGGUACGCUGUCACAGGCACUCCUGAAGCAGUCCGGCCCAGUUCCAGUGAUGUCAUACACACUCUCAUCGAACACUCGUGCCACACUUGGUUUUGGCCGGACAAAACCAAACCUCAACUGUAUUGGUCAACAGACUAAUACAGGUUCACCAAAAUAGGUCUAUAUACUGACAGGACCUAAAGUUGGCUCCAAACCACUGGUCAACAGACUACAAUUAGACCUUGAGCGUUUGGUCAAAAGACCAAUACAAGUUGACCCAAAUAGACCUAUCAGUCACAAAAACCCCAAAGUGUUACACCUGCUGUUGGUCUCCACACGCGCAGAGACUACAAUAUAAUAUAGGUGCUGGUGAUUCUUUCUAUCCACAUAAUAGGUAGAAUCUACCGCACACCAAGACCAAACUGGAAAAAAUGCAAAACUGGAAAAACAGGAAAGUGUCUCUUCACAGAUGCUAAUUAAUUUAAUAGUAGCUAAGCAGUAAACCUUCAUCAGAGCAUAUCUUUUCCUGUUUUUUCACAUUCUUUCUAUCCAAAAAGUGAGUUUCAUACCUGGAUCUAGAUUGAGUCAGGAUGUUGUGAGCCUUGAGUGAUUUAUGACUGUGACUAACUUGUUUGUUUUUAGGGUGGCGAAGGUGACGAGAACCAGGGAGGUCCAGACCAGGGCAACAAACCAAUGAGACAGAACUACUACAGAGGCUUCCGACCAAGGUUCGCAUGUUGUGUUGAUUGACACGAGGCUGCAAGAAGGGGUUAUAACCUCAAUGUGUAUGGACCCAGAACUUAAUCGAGCAGCUGACCUAUUAAUACAUUUACAUUUGUCAUUUAGCAGAUGCUCUUAUCCAGAGCGACUUACAGUUAGUGAGUGCAUACAUUUUCUUAUUUUUCAUACUGGCCCCCCAUGGGAAUCGAACCAACAACCCUGGUGUUGCAAAUGCCAUGCUCUACCAACUGAGCUACAUCCCUGUUAUGCCAGGUUGUAGUUCUGGGUUAACUGAGAUUAUCCCUAUAGUUAUUAUUGAUGGAAGUAUUAUGAAAUGGCGAAUGUACUAUGAUCUUAAAUAAUUCCAGAACCAAACAAUCUAUGUAAAUAUCAAUGCUGUUGAAAUGAUGAGUUUCUCAUGUCUCUUCUCUGACAGAAUUAUAAUGGAGAGAGCAUAAACACCUCUGAUCUCAGCAUGUUAAUAGUUCACAUCUAUUUGCCCCUCAACAACCCUGUUUAAUUUGAGUAAUAUGGCCCAUGCCUUAGAUUAUUCGUGUUUCCGUUUUGGGUGUGUUAUGGCUUGUCAAACCUGUGUAAAAUGUUAUGGCACUGCCUUUAUCUCUGCCAGUAUGCCUCAAUUAUUAACUUGUAUGGGGGCAUGGUGAACACACACACUUGUUUUAUAAGCUUAAAUGCAUGCUGCACUGCUAGCCCAUGGACAAUUCUUAGCUCGUUUCAACCAGAGACUUGUGUAUAUGGCAGACUUGACAGAAGCCCAUUCAAGAAACAUAAGGGACAUGGUGCACUGGAUGCUUGGGCCAUGUAAGACACAACCUCCCCUAAGCCUAUUCGAAGGCUAGGCGGUUCAAUCACCAUGAUUGCUUUUAGACACCACCCGAUUCCUUAAUCUGCAAACACCAGGGUUGGGGGAAAAUUCAAUUUCAAUUCAAACUACAAUUCUGAGAACAUUGGAGUUGGAAUUUCAGUUUAAUUCCUGAAUUGAAAUGGAGUGGGGAUAGGCACGGUUAAUCGAAUAUCCGGAUAGCCAAACGGACAUUAGUAUAUGAUUACCUGAGGGAGUGUAAAAGAAAGAGGGGGGGGGGGGGGGGGCUAUUUUUAACAAUUAAAAGCUUAGUCUAAAUUAGAUUUGAACAUCAUUCUAAAAUAUUGGCCAUUAAUAUGGAGUUGGUCCCCUCCACCCAUGUUGCUGUAACAGCCGCCACUCUUCUGGGAAGGCUUUCCACUUGAUGUUGGAACAUUGCUGCGGGGACUUGCUUCCAUUCAGCCACAAGCAUUAGUGAGGUUGGGCACUGAUAUUAGGCCUGGCUCGCAGUCGCGUUCCAAUUAAUCCUGAAGGUGUUCGAUAGGGUUGAGGUCAGGGCUCUAUGCAAGCCAGUCAAGUUCUUCCACACCAAUCUCUACAAAAUAUUUCUGUAUGGACCUCGCUUUGUGCAUGGGGGAAUUGUCAUGCAGAAACCGUAAAGGGCCUUCCCAAAACUAUUGCCACAAAGUUGGAAGCACAGAAUAAUCUAGAAUGUCAUUGUAUGUUGUAGCGUUAAGAUUUCCCUUCACUGGAACUAAGGGGCCUAGCCCGAACUGUAAAAAAACAGCCCCAGACCAUUAUUUAUCCUCCACCAAACUUUACAGUUGGCGCUAUGUAUUUGGGCAGGUAGCGUUCUCCUGGCAUCCGCCAAACCCAGAUUCGUCUGUCGGACUGCCAGAUGGUGAAGCGUGAUUCAUCACUCCAGAGUCCCAUUGCGGCGAGCUUUACACCACUCCAGCCUACACUUGGCAUUGAGCAUGGCUGCCCAUUUCAUGAAGCUCCCGACGAACAGUUCUUGUGCUGACGUUGCUUCCAGAGGCAGUUUGGAACUCUGUAGUGAGUGUUGCAACAGAGGACAGACUAUUUUUACUCGCUUCUGCGGUCCUGUUCUGCGAGCUUGUGGCCUACCACUUUGGCUGAGCCAUUGUUGGUCCUAGAUGUUUCCACUUCACUAUAACAUCACUUACAGUUUACCGGGGCAGCUCUAGCAGGGCAGAAAUUUGACCAGCUGAUUUGUUGGAAAGGUGGCAUCCUAUGACUGCCACAUUGAAAGUCAGUGAGCUCUUCAGUAAGGCCAUUCUACUGCCAAUGUUUGUCUAUGGAGAUUGCAUACACCUGUCAGCAACGGGUGUGGCUAAAUCCACUAAUUUGAAGAAGUGUCCACAUACUUUUGUGUGUGGCCGACCGUCUCGAUUCAGUCUUAUGUAGCAAAAUUUGAACUGCUGUUUUUUUAUUUUUUUUUAUACAUUGGAUGAAGGUAGAGACUGAGCUAGAAAAUGGUAUAUCAUACACUGCAGUUGAGAAACAAUGGGAAAGUAAUUCUGCUUUGAAAGUUGAUAAACAUGUAACCCCACUUUUGAGAAAAUGGUUCUAUCUGAAAAAAGUCAUUAUUAGAAAAAAUAACAUUUCAAAUUCCCAUCCCUAAAAUUGAAUUCACUGUCAUAUUCUGAAGUUGUAUGGGUGCUAGGGGUCAUCUUGAGAUGAGGCAGAUGUUAAAGUGUGCGUCCUGUCGUCCCUUGACUUCUACAGCAGGGGUGGCGGUCCACCCCGUCCCAGACCGGUGCGGGACGGCGAUGGGGAAAACAAGGAGAACCAGGAUGGUGACGGUGAGAACCAGGAGCCCCGCCAGCGCCGCUACCGCCGAAACUUCAACUAUCGCCGCAGACGCCCCCAGACUGGCGGCAAGCCCCAGGAUGGCAAGGAGGCCAAGACCGACGGCGAACCAUCUACAGAGAAAACGCCCGCUCCCGCGGCUGAGCAGGGCGGGGCUGAGUAGAAACUACCGGCAUACCAUCUCUACCAUCGUCCGGGUGAGUCCCCAACACACACUGCUGCUCAGCGCUUAUCAAAUCUGCAUACCUGAUUUCUGGAAUAUGGUUUUUAAAAACCCUAGGCAGCAAACAUGCUGGAUUGAAUUUCAAUGCAGUCAAGCUUAGUUUUUGUUCAAUAUAGCACUGCAGUAUUAUUCAUGAUAAGUUAAUUAGCUGUAGUCAUUCACAGCACUGCUGCUCAAUAUACAAUCUACAUUUCCCGGCCACAUUUUGACCACAGGCCACAUUAAAUCUGCUUGCGGGCUGCAUCUGGCCCGCCGGCCGCCUGUUUGAGACCCCCCCCCCCCCAUUCACGAUGUAUCGGUGGAAAAGUCCAUAUCAGGUGGCCAUUGGUGUAGUGUCCUGGGCCAGUUCACUCACAUUUCUAAAGCCAGCCUCCGUGUGCACUUUCCAUUGACGCUGUGCUCCAUCGCCCAAGGCAGGGGCAGAAUGAGGUAAUGCAAUGGAUUUGAUAAAGCAAACUGGCUCCCUGAUUAGUCCUGCCAUUGUGCCUGUGCCAGUUGGUGCUAGCUCCAACCUCUGUGCCCCCGUCUAUUGUGAUGCUGCUGCACAUUCAUAUCAGUUGACUGAUGCAGUAAAGGGAUUUGACCGGUAAUGUAUUUUUUUUUUAACCAUCUCCCUCUUUUCUCUCUACAGUAAUGUCAUCAAGAAGAAACAAAGAUCUGAGCAAUAAGAAACAGAUUUGACUUGACGAUCGUCUUAAGCUUGCACCAUGCAUUUGACCAGAUGACCACCGAUUGCCUGCAGAAUCUAUGCAGACCUGUUUUGUUCCAUUAUUUUUACGUGACAGCUAUAAAAAAAAAAGUUUUGGAGAAACAGCAGACGUUUUUCUAAAUCGGUCCUAAGUUUUUACACCAAAUGGUUUUUAAAAUAAGUAAUUUGAUAUCUGGUCAGUUUGACAUUUUUAGAUAACUUUUUAUGUAUUCAAACAUGAAUUUUAACAAAACGCAAGCUCAAAUAAAAGUCAAAGGAGAACUGUUGCCUCAACUGUUUGUUUUGCCUGAAUAAAUGGGACCGCCAUGGUAUUGACAUAACAUGGCGGCUGUAUUACACCACA